CCUCCAAACCUUUCCCGUCUAGUCGACUGUCAUUGCCGGAUGGUUGCUCUUCUUCGACAAGCUGAAAUUCGAAUAGCUGAGAAAAGGAUUGCCGCUGCCGCUAGGGAAUAUAAAGAAGAGAAGUUCGAAUUUAUGUUAGUGGAAUGUGAUGGAGAAAAAUUGUACAAAUUGGUAUCGGAGAAUGAGAUUGACAAUACCAUUUCAGGUAUAGCGAUUUUCUUUAAAAUUGGUCAUUACUUUACGAAUAUUGGUAUAAAGAUGAGAGAAUACCAUAAGCAACGUGCAACAGUGCUGCCAAGUCGAUCCGUAAAUGAAAGACCAAAUCCAUUCAGUGUUGGUAUAAUGGAGGACAAGGAGGAUGAUGAGAUCUGCCUAAUACCUAUCCGCUCUAUACUAGAUCUCGACAACAGCGUUCAGCUACUACCUCAAAUCAUCAGAUCUGUUAAGGACUUAAUUCUCGCCACUCCAGAUAUGACUAUACGCCAAUUAGCUGUACAUAUCAUUGAUAUGAUCAUGACUUGA